UGACGGAAACCCUGGACCGGAGAGAGAGAGAGGGGAAAAUCUGCUGCCGCUUCGGAGUUUCAAGCGGGAGAGACGAAUCGGUUCUGAUAUGGCGGUUCCCGACGGUCGGCGCGACGGCGGCGAGGAUGAGGCCGCCGCUCUGUUCGACGAAGGAGGUGUGGAGAUGGCUGAUGAGGAUGAUAUCGAUCACUCCGACAUCCCGCUCCAUCUCCGUCCGCUUGUCUCCGCCGCCGAGUCUGGAGACCUCGCUGCUCUCCGCCUAGCCCUUGAAAAUUUUGACGGAAACAUUGAUGACCCAAUGGAAGAUGGCGACACUCUUCUCCAUCUCGCAUGUCUCUACGGCCAUUUGGAUUGCGUCCAGUUUUUGUUGGAAAAAGGAGCCAACGUCGAGACCAAGGAUGAAGAUGGUGCAAUUCCCUUGCACGAUGCCUGUGCUGGAGGUUACACUGAGAUAGCCCGUCUCAUUAUCGAUCAUGCUAAUGACCCAGCGCAGGUAAAGAGAAUGCUAGAGACUGUUGACAUCGAAGGGGACACGCCUCUUCAUCAUGCCGCUAGAGGUGAAUACGGUGAUGUCAUAAAAUUGUUGCUUGCACUCGGGGCUUCUCCUACAAGCACAAAUUCCUACGGAAAGAUUCCAUUCGAGCUUGCUGAUCCCGGCACUGAAGCUACAGAAAUACUGCAAGAAGCUUUAGACUCUGUGCAAGCCAAUCAAUCCGUUGUCUGAAUGUUUCGGUUGAAGCCAUUUUCGGCUUGCCAUUCGUCUACAGGUACUCAAAACUUUUUUGUGAAUGAAUCUUGUUGUCAACUACAUAUGCUGAGAUAUAAUUGUUGGUCUGAAUUGGUGUUGCACUAGAGAUACCGAAUUAUUGAAUAACGGCUAGAAUAUAUGUUCGGAAUGGGGACUUUCUUCUA